AUGAUGGGCGAGGUGUGUACGGAAAGGCAUUUGGCAUUUAAAUGUGUACAUUAUACGUGGCUUGACGAAUGUUUCGAACGUCGUGUCGGUAAAUGUGAUGCAAAUGCCGUAAGUACAGCAGGUGCUGCCGGUUAUCGUGUAGCGUUAGCACGUUGCGAUUACAGACGAUCACAUAGCUCAUCUGAAGGGACAACUCCAUUAAUUGGAUCACCUAUGGAUGAUGCACCGUCACGAUUACAGCUGGUAUCAACGCUAGGAUAUCUUCAAACACAAUGUGCCUUAAGUCGUAGUAAAAAUUGCUCCAGUGAACAUGUGCAUAAUAUUAUGACACAAUGCGAGGAACGUAUGAAACCGCGCGCCGGAUAUCCACAAUUUGACCGACAUCGAUUACUCCGGAUAAAAUUGGACACAUCCAAGAAAUUACUGCUCUACUCUGAAACAGAUAAAGAACGAGAAUGUUUGGUCGUUCGUUCCACCUUAUCCGAAAUGUACACAUUACAUCACGCUCAUUGUUAUCAUUCUCUCGUUACUCGAUGUCUCUGCGAACGACUACGACUCGACGUUUUAUGCGAAAUUCGAUGUGAUCGACUUGAGCCAACGUCACCGAAUCAGAAUCAAUUAGCAUGGGAUGAAUGGCGAGAUGCACGUCUUAUUUCCUCCACAGCAUCCCUCCCUCUUAUAUUUGUUACCCUUACACUUUCUUUUCUCUUUAACAUUUACGCUGAUUCUCUAACAAUGUGUUAG